AUGACAUCCACCCCCUCAUCACCCUCAGCAUCAACAAACACAUCCCUAACCUCCCUCUCCGCAACCCACGCCCACGUCUUCGAUCUCGGCCGCCGCUACCACGCCUACCGCGAGGGCGCCUACCCCCUGCCCGACGACGCGCAGGAGCAGCAGAGGCUCGAGCUGCUGCAUGCUGUGUUCUUGUCUGCUGCUGGCGGAAAACUGCUGCAUGCCCCCCUCCCCCCACCAGCCGCUCGGGGCCCACGAGUCCUAGACCUGGGCACAGGCACCGGCGCGUGGGCCAUCGCGCUCGGCGAAGCGCGCCCGGAUAUCAGUGUCCUAGGCUGCGAUCUCAGCCCGAUACAGCCGCGGUGGGUGCCGCGGAACGUGGGCUUCGAGGUUGAUGACUGCGAGAGCGCGUGGGCGUACGGGGAGGAGAAGUUCGACCUCAUCCACGUCCGCUGCCUCGGCGGCGGGAUAGGCGACUGGCCGCGCCUGCUGGGGCAGGCGUGUGCGCAUUUGGAGCCUGGGACGGGCUGGAUCGAGUGCCAGGAGCUGGAGAUGAGCACACAGAGCGCCGCCGCAGCCGCAGCACGCGCCUACCCCGCCCUCGCAUCCUGGCAGCGCCUACUAAGAGCGGCAUCCAUCAGCGCAGGCAGGGAAUGGGACGCCGCGCCCCGCCUCGCGCGGUGGGUGCGGGACGCCGGGUUCGUGGAUGUGAGGCAGGAGAUCCGCUCUGUGCCGCUGGGCCCCCACCACCCCUCCCCCGCGCUCAAGACGCUCGGCCAGCAGGCCCUGGCGCUGAUACACGAGAGCUUGGAGGCGUACUCGCUUGCGCUGUUUUGCCGGGAGCUGGGCUGGUCAAGGGAGGAAGUGGGUGCGUUGGUGGGGGGGUUGAGGGGGGAGUUGAGCCGCGCGGAGGCGGACGGGGGGGUCUAUGUUCGGGCGUGGUUUGUUUGGGGGCGGAGGGGUGCGUAG